AUGGCCGAGCAUCUGACGAAAGAGCAGGUGGAACAAUGCAAGCAGGCCUUUGCCGCGUGUGACACGAAUGGGGACGGCACCAUCAACAGCCAGGAGCUGGGCAAGGUGAUGCAGGCUCUGGGCCACAAUCUCUCCGAAGAAGAGUUGAAGGCCCUCAUCGCCAUGAUCGACACAGACCACGACAGUGUCAUCAACUUUCAAGAGUUCCUGGAAAUGGUGGCCAAGAAGACGAAGGUCUGGGGCAGCAAGGAAGAAAUGCAGGCGGUCUUCCGCCAGUUCGAUGAAAACGACGACGGCCACAUCACUUUGGCUGAACUCAAGCAGGCCAUGAUCAAACUGGGUGCGCAGCUUUCGGAUGAGGAGGUGGACGCGAUGAUCCGAGAGGCCGACCUGGACCAGGACGGGCAGGUGAACUACCAGGAGUUCGAGCGCAUGCUCACUAAAAAGUGA